CGACUGCGACUCUCGACACUAACGACAGGACUACCAAACCGCCAAAAUGGGACCCAAGCCAGCCUCCAAGACCGCUACCAAGACCGGCAAGCAAGCCAAUGCUGCCGCCAAAGCAGCCCUCCGCGGCUCGUAUGCGAACAAGAAGCGCGCGAUCAGGAAGAACACCAGCUUCCACCGCCCCAAGACCCUCGAGCUCUCGCGCGCCGGCAAGUACCCCCGCAAGUCGGUCCCCCAUGCGCCUCGCAUGGAUGCGGAGAAGGUCCUCAUCCAUCCUCUCAACACCGAGUCGGCCAUGAAGAAGAUUGAGGAGAACAACACCCUCGUCUUCAUCUGCAACGUCAAGGCCAACAAGCGCCAAAUCGCCGCCGCACUCAAGAAGCAGUACGACGUCAGCUGCGUCAAGAUCAACACCCUCAUCCGACCUGACGGCUCAAAGAAGGCUUUCUGCCGCCUCACCGCCGAUGUCGACGCUCUCGACAUUGCGGCCACCAAGCUUGCCAUCGUUUAAGAGGUUGUCUCUGUAAAAGGGAAAGGCAUGGUCAUGAAUGGGUCUGGUUAUACCUGGAAAAGCGAUGUGAUAUGCAUGGCCGGCGUUCAUGGGAUAAACGUAGUCACGGUGACUCGAAUGAAUCAGAUUUCCACAUGACGCCAAUGUUGAGUUUG